AUGAAGGCCGUCGCUCCCAACGGCAUUUGGCGCGCGUUUUCAAAGCUCCGAUCUCGGUUUCGCGCGGUUCACACUGCUGCACAACUGCAGGCGCGCGGAGCACGCGCGGGGCCGCGCCAGAUGCUCACGCAGCGGCACGCGAUCGUUCAGACCCCCGCGGUGGCGGGGGGCAGGCUCCUGAAGGCGACCUCGCCGGCGCAGGCCGCGGCGACGCGCGCGGGAUCGCCGAACAAGCCUCCCGCGGACGCGCCGACGAAGGACAAGUCCUGCGACGGGUUCCGCGCGCGCGAGGACGAGAAGGAGAACAUCGAUCCGGUCACGGGCGCGCGCGCGCGCCUCGCCUCGGGAAGAGCCGCCGCGAGCGGAGGCGCGUCGCCGUCGCGCGUCGUCCCCGCGCUGUCGUCGUUUCGUUUGGAUUCCGCGAUUUGGUUUUUUUUUUUUCGCGCCUCGAUUCAAACGCCGAGACUGACGCGCUCGGAGCCAUCCCGCAGGCCCCGACAUCGCGGCGACGCCUCGCGAACCCUCGGAGAGCGGGACGAGGAACGCCGGCGAGCGACCCGCGGCGUCGCCGCGCGUCCCUCUCGCGGACAUCACGCGCAAGUUUGUUCCGAUGGUGCGCGUGUCGUCGAUUUGCUUUCGCGCCUGUUUUUUGGUUUUCGAAAUACUGUACCCGACGAUGCGAACGUCGCGCGCGCGGCUCGCGGAUCGCGCCGCCGCCGCGCCUUCUCCGCGCGUAUCGACUGA